AUGUGUGGGUGCCCCCUCUUUGCCUGGUGUGCGGUGGUGUGGGGACUGAGCAUGCGCAGAGUGAAGGGCCUGAGAAUGAGGGGUCUGCCGCGCGUGCUGUCGCCAGAUGUGGAGCUGGGGGGAUCUGCACAUCUCAGGGCUCAGGACAGGAAGCGUGUGGGGUCCCUGGACGUGGGCCCUUUGUCCUCUAAUGCCCAUGUCAACAGCACCAUGGGGCCUUUGUGCGGGCCCCGUCCCCUGCUUUUGUGCGGCCCCUCGGAGGAUCUCAUGGUCCAGGACUGGCCCAUGCACUAUCUGGGUUAA